GGCGCGUUCCCUCCCAGAGGCGGAGCGGAGGGCUGGGCCGGAGCGGGGUGGGUAGGGGACGCGAGGCGGAGCGGGGCCCCACACAGGCCGCGGCGGCUGGCUCGGGCCCCUACGGUCCCGGCGGCGGCUGGAGGAGGAAGCCAGGCGGCUGGCGGAGGAGGAGAGACGGAGGAGGCCGAGACCGGAGCGCCGCUCGCCGCAGACUUACUUCCCCGGCUCAGCAGGGAAAGGUUCCUAGAGGGUGAGCGCGGACGGUAUGCAAAGUUGUGAAUCCAGUGGCGACAGUGCGGAUGACCCUCUCAGUCGUGGCCUACGGAGAAGGGGACAGCCUCGUGUGGUGGUGAUCGGCGCUGGCUUGGCUGGCCUGGCUGCAGCCAAAGCACUUCUUGAGCAGGGCUUCACGGAUGUCACUGUGCUUGAGGCUUCCAGCCACAUCGGAGGCCGUGUGCAGAGUGUGAAACUUGGACACGCCACCUUUGAGCUGGGAGCCACCUGGAUCCAUGGCUCCCAUGGGAACCCUAUCUAUCAUCUAGCAGAAGCCAACGGCCUCCUGGAAGAGACAACCGAUGGGGAACGCAGCGUGGGCCGCAUCAGCCUCUAUUCCAAGAAUGGCGUGGCCUGCUACCUUACCAACCACGGCCGCAGGAUCCCCAAGGACGUGGUUGAGGAAUUCAGCGAUUUAUACAACGAGGUCUAUAACUUGACCCAGGAGUUCUUCCGGCAUGAUAAACCAGUCAAUGCUGAAAGUCAAAAUAGCGUGGGGGUGUUCACCCGAGAGGAGGUGCGUAACCGCAUCAGGAAUGACCCUGACGACCCAGAGGCUACCAAGCGCCUGAAGCUCGCCAUGAUCCAGCAGUACCUGAAGGUGGAGAGCUGUGAGAGCAGUUCACACAGCAUGGACGAGGUGUCCCUGAGCGCCUUCGGGGAGUGGACCGAGAUCCCCGGCGCUCACCACAUCAUCCCCUCGGGCUUCAUGCGGGUUGUGGAGCUGCUGGCGGAGGGCAUCCCUGCCCACGUCAUCCAGCUAGGGAAACCUGUCCGCUGCAUUCACUGGGACCAGGCCUCAGCCCGCCCCAGAGGCCCUGAGAUUGAGCCCCGGGGUGAGGGCGACCACAAUCACGACACUGGGGAGGGUGGCCAGGGUGGAGAGGAUCCCCGGGGGGGCAGGUGGGAUGAGGAUGAGCAGUGGCCGGUGGUGGUGGAGUGCGAGGACUGUGAGCUGAUCCCGGCGGACCAUGUGAUUGUGACCGUGUCGCUGGGUGUGCUGAAGAGGCAGUACACCAGUUUCUUCCGGCCAGGCCUGCCCACAGAGAAGGUGGCUGCCAUCCACCGCCUGGGCAUUGGCACCACCGACAAGAUCUUUCUGGAAUUCGAGGAGCCCUUCUGGGGCCCUGAGUGCAACAGCCUACAGUUUGUGUGGGAGGACGAAGCGGAGAGCCACACCCUCACCUACCCACCUGAGCUCUGGUACCGCAAGAUCUGCGGCUUUGAUGUCCUCUACCCGCCUGAGCGCUACGGCCAUGUGCUGAGCGGCUGGAUCUGCGGGGAGGAGGCCCUCGUCAUGGAGAAGUGUGAUGACGAGGCAGUGGCCGAGAUCUGCACGGAGAUGCUGCGUCAGUUCACAGGGAACCCCAACAUUCCAAAACCUCGGCGAAUCUUGCGCUCGGCCUGGGGCAGCAACCCCUACUUCCGUGGCUCCUAUUCAUACACGCAGGUGGGCUCCAGCGGGGCAGAUGUGGAGAAGCUGGCCAAGCCCCUGCCGUACACGGAGAGCUCAAAGACAGCGCAUGGAAGCUCCACAAAGCAGCAGCCUGGUCACCUUUUCUCUUCCAAGUGCCCAGAACAGCCCCUGGAUGCUAACAGGGGCGCCGUAAAGCCCAUGCAGGUGCUGUUUUCUGGUGAGGCCACCCACCGCAAGUACUAUUCCACCACCCACGGUGCUCUGCUCUCCGGCCAGCGUGAGGCUGCCCGCCUCAUCGAGAUGUACCGAGACCUCUUCCAGCAGGGGACCUGAGAGCUGUCCUUACUGCUGAGAAGAGCCACUAACUCGUGACCUCCAGCCUGCCCCUUGCUGCCGUGUGCUCCUGCCUUCCUGAUCCUCUGUAGAAAGGAUUUUUACCUUCUGUAGAGCUAGCCGCCCUGACUGCCUUCGGACCUGGCCCUGUAGCUUUUCUUUUUCUCCAGGCUGGGCGGUGAGCAGGUGGGCCGUUGAGUUACUCUGUGCUGGAUCCCACGCCCCCCUUGCCUACCCUCUGUCCCAUCUUGUUAUUGUAAGUGCCUUCAAUACUUUGCAUUUUGGGAUAAUAAAAAAGGCUCCCUCCCCUGCCCCUCAGCUUCUCUCUGGUUUUCUCA